ACGGAGGGACUAAACAACAAAUUCCUGACAUAUUAAAGAGGGGAUUUAGAGCCAAAGCUCGAGGCUUUUGAAACCCCCCCGUCUCCUCUUUUCUUUUGCACAAACGGUUCCAAUGAAAUGAGCUAAUUAAGAUGGUUCAGCAUACCAUAGAUUCUAAAACCAAUGAAUAUGGGCUUGGAACUGCUGAGGCCGAGUUGUCUAGUCAUGAUAAGCAGUUGUCAGUUCCUGUAAAGAAGACAGUUUUAAGAGAUGUGCAAAAUGACAAAAGAAUUCCAGUGCCCGGCUCUGCUGGGAGCUCUUCUCCAUUGAAGGAUAAGAUACCUAAUAGUAAUUCCCCUAGAGUUUCUGGCACCAAAAGACCUUUAUCUGAGUGCCAGAUGAUCCCUCCGGAACAGCAACCCCCCAGUAGUACUUUUGCAAAUGGGCAUCUUGUCUAUGUUCGCAGGAAAUCAGAAGCUGACGCAGUCAGAAGUAGUACUAAUGAUAAUGCAAGCAUUAAUGCUGAUGGUCAGGCAUCGAGGAAACUUAGCAACCAAGAGGCAAGCACCGGACCGAUAUCCCAAACAAAGGAGCCAACAGUUCAUAGUGCUAAUGAUAAUGCAAACGUUAAUGCUGAUGGUGAGGUGUUGAAGAUAAUUAGCCACCAAGAGGCAGGCAAAGGACAGAUACCCCAAACAAAGGAGCCAACAGUUCACAGUGCUAAUGAUAAUGCAAACGUUAAUGCUGAUUGUGAGGUGUUGAAGAUAAUUAGCCACCAAGAGACAGGCAAAGGACAGAUAUCCCAAACAAAGGAGCCAACAGUUCACAGUGCUAAUGAUAAUGCAAACGUUAAUGCUGAUGGUCAGGCAUCGAGGAAACUUAGCAACCAAGAGGCAAGCAGCCGACCGAUAUCCCAAACAAAGGAGCCAACAGUUCACAGUGCUAAUGAUAAUGCAAACAUUAAUGCUGAUUGUGAGGUGUUGGGGAUAGUUAGCCACCAAGAGGCAGGCACCGGACAGAUAUCCAAAACAAAGGAGCCAACAGUUCACAGUGCUAAUGAUAAUGCAAACAAUAAUGCUGAUUGUGAGGUGUUGAGGAUAAUUAGCCACCAAGAGGCAGGCACUGGACCUAUAUCCCAAACAAAGGAGCCAGAAGUUCAUUUUGCUGAUGAUAAUGCAAGCAUUAAUGCCGAUUGUCAGGUAUUGAGGAAACUUAGCAAUGAAGAGGCAAGCAGCGUACUGAUAUCCCAAAGAAAGGAGCCACAAGUUCAGUUUACUAAUGAUAAUGUAAGCAUUAAUGCUGAUUGUGAGGUGUCGAGGAUAGUUAGCCACCAAGAGGCAGGCACUGGACCCAUAUCCAAAAUAAAGGAGCCAAAAGUUCAUUGUGCUAAUGAUAAUGCAAGAAUUAAUGCUGAUUGUGAGGUAUUGAGGAUAGUUAACCACCAAGAGGCAGGCUCCGGACCCGUAUCCAAAACAAAGGAGCCAAAAGUUCAUUUUGCUAAUGAUAAUGCGAGCAUUAAGGCUGAUUGUCUGGUAUUGAGGAUAAAUAGCCACCAAGAGGCAAGCAGCAUACCCAUAUCCCAAACUAAGGAGCCAACAGUUCAUAACAUUCCGGCGUUUGCACCUUUUCCAAGGGAAGCUGCAGCCAUCCCUCCUGGAAAACCAUCAGUUUCUCUGCCACACAGUAAAUCUGAUGUAAGAGGAGCACCAGUAGGAUCCACUUGCCAACCCCUUGCUUCUGCGACCCCUUCAUUGGGUAGUUCAAAGGGACUUAAAAAUCUGCAUUGGGAAGAGAGGUUUCAUCAGCUGCAGUUGCUAUUGAGGAAAUUGGACCAAUCAGACCAUGAGGAUUAUCUCAAGAUGCUUCGGUCACUCUCCUCGGUUGAACUAAGCAGACAUGCGGUUGAGUUGGAAAAGAGGUCAAUUCAGCUUUCACUGGAGGAAGCAAAAGAGUUGAAGCGAGUUGGGGUUUUGAAUGUUCUGGGAAAACCUAUGAAGCCUUUUAAAGUGCCCUCAGCUCUUCAAGACAGAUCUGAGAAGUGAACAAACACCAGGAAUGAGGGGGUAAUUGUGAUAAUCAGUACAUUGCUGCUGGGUGAAAAAUGUGCCUACUAGUUUCUUUUCCACUGGUUCCAUCUUGUGCAGUUGUUAAUUCUCCAGUUGGUUUGCUGGUAUUUACUGCAAGUCUGUAAUAUUGCACUUCUAAAUCUGCAGUAUCUUUUUAUCAGCUGUAGCCUAGGCUGCUGAAAGUAUUGAUAUGUGACUGUUGAAAAGUAAAUAGAAAAAGAAAUCUGUCAAUUGCUUUGCAAUUC